AUCCUCUCUCUAUUCCAACAUCAUCAACCCAAGAUUCUUCCGCAAAACACAACCAAGCAACAAGUCGACCACAGAGCUCAAGCUACUACGCCCACGUCAAACAAGACCAAAUCUCCAACCACCAAAACACCAAAACACCAAAUUCACAAUGGGCUGCCCUUCCUGCUGCAAGUGCGGAAGCAUGAUCGUCAUCAGCAACUCGUGCCCUUCGUGCGGCCACCACGAGUGCACCACAUGCCUCUAGAGUGAACGCCACACAACCAGACGAGCAUGCAAGCACUGCUUUUUCGUCAGCUCCUACUUUGAGCCUCACGAUGCACGGAGAAAAAGUUUGGUGCCACCAGAUGAGACGACAGGAAAUAGCCCGAUGCCAGCCGUGGGUGACUCAGCCAUGAAAUCGACCAAGCCCGGUUAUUUCCGAGACAUCUCAUGAGGCUGUGGCACCACUCGACUCAAUUCAGGGUACUCACUCCUCAGCACUCGGAGCCCCCCAAAGUGCGGCUCGGCAUGGCCUCAUGGACGGUGCUUCGUUGCAUGACAUGACGACCUUUUGGCCUUCUCAGCGCGUGUACAACUUUUGCGAUAUCCUCUCUGCUACGAUUGGCGUCUUCUGGCUUGGGUGGAAUGGGGAUGGAUGGGACCAAUCCAACACAUGGCGCCAACGGCACGUCGUGACUGUGGCAGAACGUCUACAGGUCUCGAAAAGGCCCAUGCGUAAACGGUUAUCAGGUAGACCCAAUACACUCCACAUACUGCAC